UUUAUUUAAAUCAAUUUAUUUAAAUUAUCUUUAUUAUACAUGUAUAUCAUAUAUUUAUUAAUAAAAAUUAUGAAUUUGUACUAUAGAUAUGUAAAAACAUAUUAUUUAUUUAAUAUUUACCGAUUAUUGGGUGAUUGAAGGAAGUUCGCAUAAUAACUGUAUAUUAUACUUUGGUCAUUGUAUUUAAUUGUCGUUUUAAAAAUAAUUAUUUUUCAUUUUCUAUCUAAUUUUUCUCGAUAUUUAUUAAACAAAGUAUUAUUUAGAAUCUUUCAGUUUAAUGUUACUUUAUUCAAUUUAUUCGACUAAUUCUUUUUUUAUUCUUCCAUAAUUCUACUUGGACCUUCGAUCUUUACUAUUUGUUAUUAUUCUGUCACUUUAGUCGAUUUACAGCUUAAAAUUUACAAUUUAAAGAUAGCUUUGUCAAGCUGGGUGGUUGAAACGCCAGUCAUUGUUCUGGCUUUCGUAUCGUGUUAUUGAUUUUGCAUUACGGUUUAAUUAACCGAUUUUUGAGUCUUGUACUCUUGUAUUUUUUUUUUUUUUGUAUAGUUCCUAUUCUUGUUGCUAGUAAUUUAGCAAGAAUUUAAUUUUAAAAUAUAAUAUUACAUACAUUUAUAUGAAUAUAAUUAUAUCGCCCAAUAAUAUAGUGAAUAGGUAUAAAAAAAUUAUCAAAAAUUAGUCAUUUGUAGUAAUUAGUAAUUAGUAAUUGAAACAAUUUUUAGUAUAAAUUUUCGUUAAAUAAAUAUUUACUACGAUAAUAAAGCAACAGGGGAAAAAAGGUAUAAAUAAAUCAAACGAUGAAAAAAGAUCAAUUUUCUUUAUAUAUAAUUUCUUCACUUAUUUUGCAUUUAACGCAUACUUAAUUACAUGUCUUUUACUUUAUUUUACAAUAUCUAAUCACGGUAAUGAGAUUGAAGAACUGUCAUAGCAUGGAAUAAAGUGCGUUCGAAUUUAUGGAUAAAAAAGUACAACAUACUUCUUUUACGAUUAAAGAAAAUAGACGAUCAAUAGAAAUUAAUAAGGUUCGCUCGUGAACAAAAAAAAAAGUAAUUGAUAAAGCACGAAACAGUACUGUUAACGUUUUCAUAUCGAAGAAGUUGGCCCCACCCAGGCGGAAACACGUACAAAUGAGUCACCAAGUUGAGGGUUGAAAAUAAAAUAUGCUUUAGGAGAGGACAAAAUUUCAGGAUAAAAGUGAUAUUCUAAGUUGGGAACUGUAUUUUAGAAAUUAUCUUUCCGGGGAGGUCAGGGUUGUAUGUGUAUGCUCGUGUAAAACAAUUUCAAUCCUGAAACACAAAUAGGAUGGUUAUACCGUUGUAAGAUGCACUGUAUCUAUAUACAGUGGCUCACGAGAGUAUUUCAGCACUUCUAGAAACAUUUUAUGCGUAUAUUAUAUAAAAUAGUUUGAAAUCUCAUUAGUAUUGUAACGAGAUACGACUAUCGUAAUUAUGUUGGUAAAGUUUGGAACGGAUCUGAAAAUGUAUAUCAGAAUCAAUCGAAGGGUUUUUGCGACACGUGUUUCUGUAUAGCGACCGAAUCGCUGAAAUAAACAAUGCAGGCUAACGGUGCUGAAAAUGUCGGUCCUGAAAAUGCAAGCGAAAAAUCAGGAUGGACGGUUGGAUUAAUAAACGGAAAGUUUAAGUAUCUUACAGCUGAAACUUUUGGAUUUAAAAUUAACGCAAAUGGUUCAAGUUUAAAGAAAAAACAAUUGUGGACUCUAGAAGGUAGUGAACAACAGGUUUUCCUUCGAUCCCAUUUAGAUCGUUAUUUAGCAGUGGAUCAGUUUGGAAAUGUUACUUGUGAAGCAGAAGAUCCUAGUGAUCCUGGUUGCGCUUUCCAAAUACAACUAGCUUCAGAUGGAAGUGGAAGGUGGGCUCUGAAGAAUAUUCAAAGAGGAUAUUUCCUGGGUUCUAGUCAGGAUGAACUUAAAUGUAUGGCCAAAGCCCCCAGUGAAGCAGAGUAUUGGCUGGUACAUCUUGCUGCUAGACCUCAGGUAAAUUUAAAAUCUGCUGGAAGAAAACGGUUUGCUCACUUAAGUGCAACGCAAGAUGAAAUUCAUGUAGAUGCACCAGUUCCAUGGGGAGAAGAUACACUUUUUACUUUAGAAUUUCGUCCUGCUUCGAUAGAAGAUGAUGGUGAAGAACAUUCCAAAUUUGAAGGUGGUCACUAUGCUCUACAUACUUGUAACAAUAAAUAUUUGGCGCGCGAUGGAAAACUUUUGGAUUCUUGUACCCGGGAUUGCCUUUAUGCUGCUGAAUUUCAUGCUGGAUUACUUGCACUUAGAGAUUUGUAUGGGGCAUAUUUGGCACCUAUUGGAAGUAAGGCUGUUCUAAAAUCAAGAUCAACAACUGUGACCAGAGAUGAAUUGUUCUCUUUGGAAGAAUCAUUACCACAAGCCUCUUUUGUUGCUGCUUUAAAUCAACGAUAUGUAUCUGUAAAACAAGGGGUUGAUGUGACAGCUAAUCAAGAUGAAAUUUCUGGACAUGAAACAUUCCAGUUAGAAUUUGAUCGUGUGACUAAAAGAUGGUAUGUACGUACCAUGCAAGAUCGUUAUUGGAGUCUUGAAGCAGGAGGUGGAAUUCAGGCAUCAGAACACAAGCGUUCUUCCAAUGCUUUGUUUGAUUUGAUUUGGCAAUCGGAGGAUGGUACAGUAGCCCUACGUGCUAACAACGGCAAAUUUUUAGCAACAAAGCGUUCUGGCCAUCUUUAUGCUAAUGCUGAUUCUGUAAAUGGAUUGGAUUCAGAUGUUAGCAAAUAUUAUUUCUAUUUGAUGAACAGACCUGUUUUAGUUUUACGUUGUGAACAAGGAUUUGUAGGGCCCAAAAGUGCAGCUAGUUCAAAAUUAGAAUGCAACAAAGCUAUCUAUGAAACUAUUAGAGUAGAAAGAUGUGAACGUGGAAUUGUUAGAUUUAAAGGUCAAAAUGGCAAGUACUGGCACGCAGAUAGCGAAGGCGUAACCGUAGAUUCUGAUAUACCUUCCGAUGGAUUCUAUCUAGAAUUACGAGAACCUUCUCGUAUUUGUAUUAAACAUAGCGAUGGAAGAUAUCUUACUGCAGGAAAGAAUGGAGCGUUGCGUCUUGGAGAAACAGAUUAUGAAUCUGCUACAAAGUGGGAAUUUUAAUCAACUAAACGAUCAUGUCUAUGCUAUGUUCUUUUAAAAUUUUAUUCAAUCAAUUCACUCUUUAUACAUUUAAAGAAGUUAUAUUUAGUAGAUAUAGAUAUUCUAAUUUUUCAUAAAAAGGUUGAAGAAAAAAUAAGCAAUUUAGGCCAAGGACUUUGUUACAGGGUUAAAAAACUUCUAUUUUUUAUGCUCGUAUGUUUUAUUAUGAGAAAUGAAAAGUAUUAAAAAAUAACGCAAAGUAUAGAUUUAAAAGAACAUAGCUAAAAUCCAUUGCCCUUUUUAUAGCUUCGAGUGUAAUCUAAUCUAAUAUUUACAAGUACGGGAAGAGCUCCUACCGAGUACUUAAUUAGAAGUACAUCGUCAAAUUAAUUUUUUACGAUUUUUUUAUACUUCUAACUACGAAUUUUCCUAUUCAUAAAAUACCGUAUAAGACUGAUCAUUCGCAUGUUUACAGAAUAAUUAGCGGUUAUUACAUCGUACUUUAAUAAUUUAAAGAAAAAUUUAACAUGAUUUACUGUCUUUCGAUCAUAGAGUAAUUGAAUAAUAUUUGAUCAUGUAAAUUAAAACUUACUUUCUUUGAUUUAAUGUAUUGUUUGCAAUAUUAUUUAUUUUUCAAUAUUUAAUACUUAACUGAUCGGUAAUUUUAUGUAAGAAUGUUAUUAUGUACAUAUUAAACUUCCUUACUCUUCCAAUCACAGUAUCUUUAAUUGAAACUAAUAAAAAAGUUUCUUAUAUCAGUUGUUAAUGUAAAGAUAGUUUUGACAUUUUACAACUUCUUUUAAUUGGUAGCUUCACUUUGUAAUCAUUGAGAAAUACCUUGCUAAUAAUUUCCUUUUUAAAAGUAAAAUAAACAAUAUGAAGAACUUGACCGAUCAUUUAAGUAUUUAAAAAAAUUCUGCUUUCUAGUCUUCAUAUUAAUAUAUUCAUAUCAGUGAUAACUAACUAAUGUUGAAUUCCUAUAAAGCAAUUCAUACACUAGACAGCAUAUUUCGAAGAUUGUCAAUAAGUAAUAUACAUAGUGUUUCAGUUGAUAAAAGUAAUCAUUCCAUAUAAUAAACAUAUUUCCUUUUCAUUAUUGAACCAUACGCUACUAACAUAAACGCACAAGUAUGUCACUAAUGUAAACUUGCUAUCUAGUGUACAAUGUCUUUGAAGAAAUCGAUGCAAUAAUCGAAUUAAUCUGUAUAAUUUGAGGUCACGCUUUUUCUGUAUAAGAAAUUCACAUUCCGUGAGCUGUGCAAUGGUCAAAACAUUUUUACAGCUAUUUCUACGAAAAAAACUUAAGUCAUAGCCCGCUUAGGAAACAUUAAAACCAUAAAUUUUAUAUAUCGAUUAGUAUUAGUUCUGUGGGCGUGUAAUUUAUCGAUUAGCUUAUAAGUAAGAUUUUUCUUUCCUUUGUCGAGUCUCGAUAUGUUUAAUAUGUAUUAAUAUUAUUGAUAUUCGACAAAAAAAAGAAAAAUUAUUUUUCGAUAUGCUUUUUACCUUUUAUAUAAUACCUUUUUUAUCUGCUCUCUAUUUUUUUAUACACAAACAAGGUUGAUAUUAAGGUCGUUAUUUCAGCGAUAUUACCUGUAAUUUACGUUAUUUAUCGUACUGAGGAAAGCGGGAUAAACUAAAUGCAUUAUGUAAGCAAUAAAUUCUGCUAUUAAACAUUUGUUUAUUAAAA